GCGCCCGCCCUGGCCAUGGAGGAGCGCUGGCACCGCGGGCUGGCGGCGCUGCUGCUGCUGCUGCUGCUCUUCGGCGGGCUGGUGCUGCAGUACGUCUGUCCGGGCAGCCAGUGCCGGCUGGUGCUGCGGCGGCGGCCGCGCCCGCCCGUCCCCGGGGCCGCCGCCGCCGCCGCCGCUCUCCGGGCGGCUCCGGGGGACCCUUACGGGCCGGAGGACGGGAGCCCCGCGCGCUUCGUGCCGCGCCUGAACUUCUCGGCGGCCGAGCUGCUCCGCCGCGUGGACUUCCGCAUCGCCGGCGACGACCUGAUCGUCUUCCUGCACAUCCAGAAGACCGGCGGCACCACCUUCGGCCGGCACCUGGUGCGCAACAUCCAGCUGGAGCAGCCCUGCCAGUGCCGCGCCGGGCAGAAGAAGUGCACCUGCCUGCGGCCGGGCAAGCGCGAGACCUGGCUCUUCUCGCGCUUCUCCACCGGCUGGAGCUGCGGGCUGCACGCCGACUGGACCGAGCUGACCAACUGCGUGCCGGCCCUGCUGGACAGCAAGCGGGACGCGCGGCUCCGGCCCAGCCGGAAUUACUACUACAUCACCAUCCUGAGGGACCCGGUUUCCCGCUACCUGAGCGAAUGGAGGCAUGUCCAAAGGGGAGCCACCUGGAAGGCCUCCCUGCACGUCUGCGAUGGGCGGCCCCCCACUUCCGAGGAACUUCCAAGCUGCUACUCGGGGGACGACUGGUCGGGCUGCUCCCUGCAGGAGUUCAUGGACUGCCCCUACAACCUGGCCAACAACCGUCAAGUCCGCAUGCUGGCUGACCUGAGCUUGGUGGGCUGCUACAACCUGUCCGUCAUGCCGGAAGAGCAACGGAACCAGGUGCUCCUGGACAGCGCCAAGGAGAACCUCAAGCGCAUGGCCUUCUUCGGCCUGACGGAAUUCCAGCGGAAGACCCAGUACCUCUUUGAGAAGACCUUCAGCAUGAACUUCAUCUCGCCCUUCACCCAGUACAACAGCACCAGGGCCUCCAGCGUGGACAUCGAGGGGGCCACCCAGCAGCGGAUCAAGGCCCUCAAUUUUUUAGACACGGACCUCUACGAUUAUGCAAAAGAUCUCUUCCUCCAGCGGUACCAGUUCACCAGGCAGAAGGAGCACCAGGAAGCCCGGCGGAAACGGCAGGAGCAGCAGAAGGUCUCGCGCGGCAAGCUGGGCCGCACCCGGGAGGCGGAGGGACGGAACGCGACCGCAGAUUACAUCGGGAACGUGGAACAGUGGCGAUGAGGAGGGGGCAGGAGAGGAAGGGCACAGAGCUGGGGCGAGGGUUGGAGGCCUUUUGCAUUCAGUGUUGUGCUGUCGGUGGGUGAACCUUUUAAUCUGUGUUGUCUCGGACCUGUCCCUGCCAAGAAAGACAGAAAGGUUUGGCCUCUUGGGCUAGGCUCUGGUCCACCAUGAUGGCUUGGCAGAUCCCAAGCGGGAACAGCAAAGGCUGCGCUAAAAGGACUACGAUGGGGGGAAGGAGGAGGGUUUCCUGAGAUGGGAGCCGUCUCUGCAUUGUAUAAAGUGGCCCGAGAUUCUGGUACGUUUUUUAUAUUCCCUCCAGGUCUCAGAGAUCAGGAAACACCUGGGAAGGGGUGAUUAAAUUGGGCAGUGGGUAGCUGCAGAUCCAUUCGCUUAUGCCUUUCAGGAUUGUCAAUUGGAGAAGCCAACGGUUCCAUUUAAUACUCUUUAUUUAAUAUUUUUCAUGGCAAAAACUGUGCUGUGCCUCUUGGCCGUAGCUUCUUCCUGCCCUGGAAGGCGUCUUCGCUGAGUAGGUGGGGCUUCUCUUAAGCUCCACCCGACAUCCGGCCAACCCAGGUAGGAGGGGGCUGCCUCUGGCCACUAAAAGCAUGGACAGGGGUGGCCAAAGUGAGUGCAAAGCCUCAAUGACCUGCCUGGGUCAGCCUUGCCACACAAACUGUCGAGUCAUGUCAAGUCUCUUUCUGCUUCUAAGGUCCGUUACCCUACUGGGGAAUGGAUUCAGCACCCUCAUUUCGGUGGGAAUACAAGGCUUAAUUGUCACACGCACCCUCCCCGCCCGAAGUGAUUUUUUUUCAAAACUCCAAAAAGACCCAUUUCAGAUCCUUAAAAAAAAAAAAAAAGAGUUUGGUGUUGGCUUCAUCAACAUCUUUUGACAGGAUGCAAACGGCCACAAAACAGAAAAAGACCUGAUGGGUUGAAGUAUAGAGGGGAAAAAAACCUGAGGAGGAAAGCGGUUGAUGAGGACCUGGUGGUGUAAAUUGGCUUUUAGCAAAGAUAAGAAGAUUUGGCCUAUAAAUAUUUAAUCGGGGUUUAAAAAGAAAAACCUUGACUGCCACGGCCGUUGAUGGAGCCCAAGCUUUGUUUUCUUUCAAGGUAGCGAGAACGCGAGAGAAAGCCCCAACGGUUUGCUGAGUGUUGGCACUAGAAAACGCAACCGUAGGCUUCUCUGAGGAGGCUGGAUUUUAAUGCAUUUUUAAAAGUAUACGGGAACAUGUGAACGUUUUUUUUGAAAGAGAGGUGGCCUUCCAUGCCCUCUGUCCAUUUUAAUAAUAAUUCUUGCAACCUGUGUAUUCUUUUAGAAGGGAGAGGGGGUGGCGAAGCUUUUAUCCUGGAAAAAUUCUCCUUUUUUUUGAAUCAUUAUAGCAGAAGCUGUUUCCCAAUCGAAGCAGCCAUCUUCAUCAGAGGGGGCAACGCCAGCCUUCGUUUUGCUUUUCAAACACUUUUUAUGACCCAGCGUGACUUUUGAGCAUUUGGGAGGAUGGAUUCCAGUUAUCAUCAGAUUUGGAAAAAUAAGGAUGAUGCAAUAUUGCUUGUAUUUUGGACCAAUUCAGUAAGGCAGUUACGAACUUUGCUUGCAAGGAGGAGACCACCAAUAGAAAGGGGCGGCUUUCCUCAGUAUCGGACUUACAAGGUCUUGAGGAAGUGUCCUCUGCUCUUGUAGCUACUCUUGAGGGUAGCUACUAUUGAGCUUUAUAACUUGUGGACAUGCUGGCUGAGGAAUUCUGGGAGAUGAAGUCCACAAGUCGUAAAGCUGCCAAGGUUAGACCCCUGCAUAUGGGAAUUAUUUGCCAAGUAAGGUUAGUUGGCCAUAUCUUAGACGUACACGCGCACAACCCUGCAUCCGUGCCCUGAAUAUCCAAUGAGUAGGGGGUGUAAGAAAAUUGCCUGCCCCAUACAUCUGUCAACAAGGGAGAGACAGACACCUACGCGUUGUGUCCAAUGGCACACAGCAAUUUUUGUGUAAAGGAAUUCAGCUUUUCUGGUUACGGUGGUGGUUGUCUAGAUGGAAAAGUAGGAAGAUAAAAGUCCUGAAAAACUAACUGAACCGAUAAACCCAGGAAGGUGUCAGGAGAGCCUUUGGGGACGUAGAGUUGAAGCAGUUGCUAAAUAUCAUACAGAUUCUUAAAUGUCCAGUGGUGUCAUUUCCAGGGGUCUAAAACGAGCGGUCAUCUUGAAUUAUGGUCUCAUCUGUCUUGAUGCUCUGGGUUCUCUGUUCCCGCAGAGCUUCCUUCCUUGGCUCUGCCCUUGUGUCCUUCAAGGCGUUGGGUUUUAGAAUUGGAUGGAGGAUCCACAGAUGCUUGAGAGCUGGCUCAGUUUCCCUCCAUCCUUGGUCUCUUUCUGGAAAAUAGCCCUUCCUGUCCCUGGUGUGUAAUGUCCGUUCGGUGUUUGCACCGAUGGAAACCAGCGCACAGUUCUCCAGGCAGGAAUCCCAAGUCUACAAGAGCAGGGGUGCCCAACCGCGGCAGCUUGUAAGGCUUGCGGACUCCGACUCCCAAAAUUCCUCAGCCAGCAUGGAUGGAAGUCCACUGGAUGUGCCAGGGUUGAACAUCCCUAGCCUACAGCAUUGGCUCCCCGUUGACUGGUGGGUGUCUAGAAUAGGGGCAGGAGUUACAGCAUUCCAGAUGUUUUGGAAUGGGCCUGGCAUCCGUUGAGGGCUUUUGUUCCUUGGUCCCUUUAAGAAAAGCUCCACUUUGGUGUUUUUUCUUUCUCUUUCUCUCUUCCUGAUCCUCAGAAAUAACCGGGAAACUGGAUGCACUUGGACAGUGUGAAUCUCUAUGCAAAACCUCUUUGUGAAGACUGCAGUGAUAAAUAGCUCUGUGUUUUGGAAGCUUUUUGAUGGCUCAUUUCAGUCUUAUGUACUUCAUUGCUGUACAAGUUAAUGUAACUUUCCUUCUCGACUCUGAGGAAGUUGAGACCCUUGUUUUGGGCAUACUGAAUAUUAACCAGCCUUUGGGGGGGAAAACAUAAGUCUUUUAAAAUUUGAGACACUACAUUAUAAGAAGCCUUGAGGCGAAAGACAUAAUUUGGAGGUCGGUUUGGCAGGCUAACUGGCCUGGCCCAAUUGCUCCUUUCAGAUGUGCUGGGACUGAAGUCCACAGAAUUCUGUCCUGUUUGACAGAUCUGGAGGUCGCAAAGUUAGCAAGGAACCAAUGUAGAACUUGGGGCCAAGUUAAUCUGGAGUUCCUUGCAACGGGGGUUCCUUUAGGCCAGCAACAUCUUUUUAAGAUAGCAGGACUUCAAUUUCCAGAAUCCCCCAGCCAGCAUAUCUUAAAAAUUGCUAAUAUUAAGAAACGCUGCUUCGGAGCCCUAAAACUUUAAUAAUUCAAGAGGAGCCGGGUGGGGCAUAUCUUUAGCAAAAUGCCAAAAAAAGCGGCGGGGGGGUGGGGUUUGCAUAGUGUUUUUAAAACUGAAAUAAACAAAAUAUUUAUUUAGCAUCUAGCAUCUAGCACUGAUUCUAACAGGGAGAGAUGCUCGGCUCUCAACAAAUUAGCUGACCUGAUUCCACGCCCUUGAACAGCUCUUCCAUCAAGAGACACAAUUUUGUCCUUAUGCUGUGGUGUGCAUGGUUUACAGCAGCGACGGCGAUGACAACAAAAACCCCUUUUCUUUGUGUAUACUGUUUGUUGUAUAUAGGGGUCAGUAUGCCUAUGAUUUUUGUCAUAACCAUACAAGUUCUUCUGGUUUCCAGUAUAGGCCUCUGUGUUACUGUAUAGGUUUACAACUGGCGAAGAUGGGAAGUGGGGGGAGGGGUUUAGCCAGAUUCAAUGGACUCGGAUGGCAUCAUUUAUCAAUAGAGUUGAUAAAAAUAAACUUGAAUUACUGU